AUGGACACCGACGUGCUAAGAAUGAUGGCCGACCUUGGCAUCGAGCGUCGAGACAUGGUUUCCGCUCCUGCCGAUGAUGGCAGAGGCCGCAUCACGCAAGUCGACCUUCUAACCAAGCAAGCCGCCAUCAGAGACUUUGAAGGGCGUCGUAACACCUCAUCAAAGGCCAAGGGGCCUACGGGUGAAGUUGCGGCCAAGCUACAAGCUUGGAACAUGGCCAGCGCCUUUGAGCGUGACGACGUCACGGAGCAGCUCGAGAAUCGUUUCAGCGGGCAGGGCCACCGCGCUGAACUAGCUCAAGCUGUACGCUAUGGUCUCAUUCAAGACCCUACAUGGGAGGAAGUCGAAGACAACCACGGCGAAGAGCGUGCCCUCUAUCUAAAGGAGCGUGAAGCCAAGGGUCCCAGGCCCAACUACGGCACUCCCAUCUAUGUAAUAACGCCGUCUCCGAAGCCCAACAACUUCCCCACAGGCCCAGCUGUUGAUCGUACUCCACGCUCUCUUCCACCCAAGUUCGCCACUCCUGGAAGCGUCAACCGUGGUCGGCUCACCAUCCGCGGCCCACCGAGCACUAACCGUGCGCCUUCACCUCGCUCUCAAGGCACCAUCCGCUUCACGAAGGGCGGUAAUCGGCUGCGUCAGCCCAUGUCUGGAAGUUGGCCGGAUAGUGCUCGGGAUCCACCCACAGAGCUCGUUACGUCGCAGCUUCCAUCAUCCACCAUGACCACUAUCCGAGGCCCGUCCAUCAUAGCUCCCAACGAUGCCGCUAACAUCACUACUACUACGAACGAAGCUGCCAUCACAUCUGUGGACAACUUUCACACGCAACAGCCCAUUCGGCUCAUUGCCGAGUGGUACGCCGCCAACCCUGGACAGGAAUGCGACAAGUACUACGCCGACCACCCGGAGCAACAAGACCUCUACCGCAAGUCUUACCGUGAACUCAUUAAGAAGUCGUUCAGACUUGCCGCCAACCCUGACAGUCGCGAGACCAAAGCCGAGCUCGAGACGCAUAAGGACCAGGUGUGGAUGUUCGACGAAGCUUGCACUGCCAGAGACAUGUGGGAGAACGGGCGUAUGACGGAGUUCAACAACUACUACGCCGUCAACCCUCACCUCAUCGACUUCGCAAAGUGCGCGGAGAAGAACCUCAAAGGUCAAAUCACCAUCUGCUUCGCUGCGCCGCAGCCCGCUCGGCAAGUGCAGGUGCCGACCACCCCAGGCGUACCUUCCGCAGCAAAUGCUCCGUCUAAGGCAGGUGCCCCACCCACACCGUGUCAGUCUCCGCCGCACCCGUCACCAAUGGGUCUUUCAGCUCACUCGGCUUCUCUUCCACCCAUCGAUACCGAGCACACAACGCACAGCACUGCGCCAACACAGCCCGUGCUACACCCCGUCACCACAACCGACACACCCUCUACGCUGAGCUUGCACAACAGCGCCACCAGCGAGCACCAAGACAUCAUGGGUCUUCCCAUCCCGUCGAUGAACGACUUCUCACCAUACAAUACUGUCGCCACCCCAACAGCUUCUGCAAGCUUCAAUGGCGCUAGUACAUCGGCGGCCGCCACAAGCCCGCCAACAUCAGACGGCAAGGGCAUGCUUUCCGUCGUGUACCGCAAUAUCGCCGGCAGAUUUCUUGGGGAACGUAGCUGGGAAAUCGACGCUCCGGUGCGUCUCGAGUUGUCUGCUACCACCACCAGCAACGGAUACGACCCACGCGAGCUUAUGGAAAAGAUCGUGGCAUUAGGAAAGGCGCUGCAGGGAGUCCACCAGGCUCGUCCGACGGUGGUUGACCGUGCGGGAAACAUGGUCUUAAUGAGCGACGGACUGUGGGAGGAGGCUCACGAGGUCGGACUCUGAUGUAUCGUAGUCCGCAAUCAUUCCCUGGUGGAGAGCGGGCGCAGAGACGCCGUCGUCGGCGGAACACCAUACUCAAUGACAAGACCAUUGGGACGGUGACAAUCACUCUGCGGUCACAUACGAAGUCUUGACGCUCUUCACCCUUCAGUGGUGCACGCAAAUGUCGCCGUGUUUCCUCCAAUAGCAUGUGCAGGCGCUACGCCAUUGGGAAGAGUGCUCUCAUCGUCCCCGUUUGCGUUGUACCUUCUCAUCCUGGUGGCGGACGCAGAGGUGAUAGAACCUACAGUGUAGCAUAACAGAACCCGAUUACGUUGGGAGGUGGAACGAUGUACUUGCCGCUCUGUUCUGCACCUUACCAUUGAGACACAAUUACGAUCCAUGUGCGGUCGAAGGAGCGGAGGUGUUGAUAUGUGCCAUGAUGGCAGACAACGAGCACUGGCUUACAUUUCAAAGGCAUACAGCUGUCGACAGUCCAGUUUCGAU